GUGAGGUGUAGGACAUUUUACUGCAUGACCUGAAAACUGGCUGUAUCACUAGAGUAAGACUAACUCAUAAGAAGACAUUGGCUGAAUAUCUCCAACACACAUCCAGCUUAGGCAUAUACUUCAUACCACUACCCAGACAAUGGACUCUGCUAGGAAAGACUGUCCAUUUCCGUUUUUGUGGACGACUGAUUCGCCUACCAAACUGACCGAGGUAUAUGAACAGUGGAGUGCAUCAUAUGACAAGGACGUUGAAGGUAGAGGAUAUCUUGGACCCGUGCUGGUAGCUAAAUCGUUGGCUGAAUUUUACCCAGAAGAACGUCGGACUGUAAAGGUUUUAGACAUAGGAGCUGGUACCGGACUUGUGGGAGUGGAGUUACAAAAGCUUGGAUUCCAUACCAUAGAUGGCCUGGAUCCAUCACAGCCCAUGUUGGAAAAGGCACGUGCUACACAUGUAUACACCAAUCUCCUCUGUCAAUACUUCACAGCACGACCAACCCCUGGCGUCGAUAAAGACAGUUACGACGUCAUCAUUUCUGCUGGCUCAUUCCUUCAAGGACAUUUACCGACGAAUUGCUUCAUUGAAGCCGCACGAAUUGUCAGGCCAGGGGGAAUCAUUUGCAUUAUAACCCGAACAGAAGGGAAGGGUAACUUCGAUGAACCGGAGUACCGGGACCAAUUCAUAGCCGUUAUUAAACAACUACAAGAAGAGAGAAAACUUGAGGAAAUAAAAUGGGAGAAAGUGAAUCAUAGUCCUUUUUCGAGUGGAAUAAUAAUUGCAUAUAGAGUCUUACAAUAAUGUGGUUACAUAAUGUUAGAAACCCUUUUCACUUCGUAAAAGCCGUGUUGAUGACUGUCUAAUGAACGCGCUGCUAGGAAAAGAUUGAGAAACGCUCGUAUGGUAGCUUAAGUCGGAGUUACAACUAGUGAAUUGGAAGUUUGAAAAAUAAGAAUUUUGGAGGUCUUUUAAUGUCGAAGGUAUCCUUUGAAUAACAAUACCCGAAAAACAAAGGUUUCGAUUAAAAUGGAAAAUAUUCAU